UACGUUCGCGUGACAUUAGAAGUCAAAUAUAAAUUCCGACAUACGUGUGUUAACUCGUAUAUUGCGAUAGAAUACGUAUACAGAAUUUUGUUCUUCUUGAGGAAUGAUUGCCGGUGGAUGUCGGACAUUGACAGGCGUUAUCAGACGUAGAAGGCAGCAAGGUGAGGAUGCUGUAGCCUGUAACGAAAAUGUUUCACUAGAGCGCACAGUGCUUGUAUCAAAACAUUGCGAACAACAUUGUGCUCGGGUCGACAGUGUCACUCUAUAAGAGUUUUACAUACAGAAAUCGGUAGAUAUAUACCAAAGGUAAAGGAAUCGAAAAUCGACCGCUAAUGGAUUCUCAUAUGGCAGUAAAGGCUGUCGCCAUGGAUGACGAAGAUAUAUGUCUAGACUGCACGGUGGUGUGCCUUAAUUGUAGCAUCACCGGUCCACAAGACGUUGACUACGACUACAUCAACUACUCCAGCUACGCCGGUGAUGGCCAAGACCGGAUAAUAACUAUUACACUUCCGCUCGUAUUCUCGCUUAUAUUCUUAGUUGGCCUCGCGUCGAAUGGCUUGGUGUUGUACGUCGUCCUUUGCAGUAGAUCGAUGAGAACAAUCACUAGUCUCUAUCUGGUCAACCUUGCCGUUGCUGACCUCAUCCUACUGGUCUUCUGCGUCCCGUUUAUCACCAUAAACUAUCUGCUGCCGUACUGGCCGUUUGGUCAGAUUGUAUGCAAAGUAUGGACGUACUUAACUACCGUCGCAGUGUCGGCCAGUGUGAUGACACUCAUAGCUAUGGCCGUUGACCGGUAUUACGCUGUGGUCCAACCAGUAAGGUCUCUUAUCUUCAGAACAGUACAAAGAACAGUAGUUAUUCUCACAGUCAUCUGGAUGACCAGCUUCAUUGGCUUGGCCCCUGUGCUCUUCAUAAUGCGUGUUGCAAUUUACUUUGAUAGAGGAGAGUGGCAGGAGUACUGCGUCGAGCACUGGCAGCUGCCAUCGCACCGUACCGGCUUCACAGUGGUACUCUUCAUCGCGUUCUACGUCGCUCCACUCAUCGUCAUCACAUCGACGUACGUGCUCAUGGCGCGCAGCCUCUGCCGCACCGUCAGCCCCAUCGUCGUCGCGGCGUCGGCCGGCAGGAUGCUGACGUCACGUACGAUGACAGCGCGCACGCUGCUCGUCAUUGUUGCAGUGUUCGCUGUCUGUUGGCUACCUGCGCACUGUGUACAGCUGAGUCACGACGCCGGUACGUGGCGCUACACGGAAGCGACGUUCGCUAUCAAGGCGCUCGCGCACACGCUCUCCUACUGCAACAGCGCGCUGAAUCCGUUCAUUUACGCGUUCAUGACGAAGAGCUUCCGCGAAAGCGCGCGCGAGGUAUUCUCGCGCCGCAAGCACACUGACAGUAAGGUGUUUGUUAUCACUGAGCAAGACUGACGCCUACGGGUGGUGUACACAAACUAUCACGAGGUUGUUAUACAGCAAUAAACAAUGUUGGUGUUAUGGAACCUUACAACCUACACAGGUUGUUGAUGUAAAUAUCUGUACCUGUUCAUAAAACUACUACUUUAGGAAGGCAUGGCAAGCGUUGCAUUGGCCAAUACCGGCAGUCUGAUGACAUUCUGUUUUACCGGACAGUGUCCGGCACUAGUAUCGCUCUCACAGAGUAACAUGCCUAUAAAUUAGGCUAAGCACAUUAUUGCAUUUAAAAAAUAGCAUAUGUAUUAUUAAAUAUAUUUUGGGAGUACAUAAAUAGGGUCCUUGACGUUAUAUCGGGAUGUCAUUAUUAUAGAAUUGAUGCCAAAAAUCAACCAGUGUACCAAAUAACACCACAUCCAGCUUAAAAAAUUAGUCUAUAGCUACUGAGUACUGACAUAUUGCAACAUUAUAAUUUUACUCAAUUGAAUCAUACAUAUAAUCAAGAGUACAUAACAGAGAUCUCUAUUAUGUACUCUUGAUAUAAUGUACGUUUUACUAUUGGAAAUAUUUGUGAUCUUGCUAUUUCCCAGUCAUGUCAAAUUACAUCUUUACAAAAUGGCCUGUAAAAAUAAAUGUCUUUGCAACCCCUCCUUACGAGGAUAAAAAUGUGUCAUGUUCAUGAAAUAUUAUAGUCUUGGUCUCAAGUUAGUUCUGCUCAAAUUAUGCCAUUUCCAUCACAUGCAUUAAAUUAAAUAAUGCGAUGUUCGAAGUUCAAAAGAUGUUAUUUGUGAGGUUAUGUAUAUUUAUCAUUCCUGGUCGUAUCUGCGUUGCUUGCAAUCAGUUUUUAACUU